AUGGCAAGUACCAUUAACACUAGUAUUGUCAACAAUACGAUCAAGGAUGCAACAGUUUCUCAAGGUUACUAUAGUGUUUCUAGGGGGACUUUGCUAAGUCGUGAUGCAUACGCGGACAAAGAUACAGUCAAUAAUGAGAACUCGCUGAACCAGGAAGAAAGCGAAGCGACAGUGGCCAAUGUGAGGAUUUCCAAGCAUGGCCGCCAUCGAUUUAGAAGGUGGUUGAGCAAAAUAUACUACAGAGAAGAUAAUAAGGUACAAGAUGAUAAAUUUGAUGAGGAUUUGGAUCCAGAUUUCGGUAAUAACGUAGGGUCCAGUGCGAUAGCGACAGCGGGGACGACAGCGGGAAUGGAUGACGGAGAAUUCGACCUUGGCGUUAGUGCUAAAAUAGGUGGUAUAAGUAGUAGCAGUUUCCCGCAUACAACCAUAAAACUCGCCAAACUCUCCCAAUUAUCCUCAGACACAGGCUCUGAUACACAAGUAGAUCAACCUACUACAUUAGAUUUGGAGGAUUCUGGAAGCCUAAAAUUAAGGCCUUCCAAAAAAUUCCAUACUUUAAAGGAUUGGAUUCACAAGACAUUGAGAAGGAAACGCAACACGCUGCAAACAAUUCAUUAUCAAAAUGGAAUGGUUAUAUCAGAUAUAAGUUUCGACUCUGAGAGGCAGUGUCCAAAGAAAACUCCAAUUCCAAAGAGUUUGAGUCCAUUCAGGAGUAAGAGUACCCCUCCAACCCCUGCUCUGGCCCUCGGAAUUUCCUCAUCGGCACAACCGGGCAUCACUAUGUCUGAUACGGCGACAGAAAUAGAAUCAGAGUUUGAAGAAUCAGAUUCAGAUACAGAAAGAGAAAUCAAAGGACAACGCAUACAGAGACUAAUGGCACUGGAUACACAUCGAGUGCCUAGUCAAAGAACAAAUAUUGCUAGCUUCAAUAGCAUUGGUCAUCUUGGCGAUAUCGCCAUUAUGGAUGAUGAGGAAGAAGAUGGCGACAUGUACAUUAAAUUAAAGGAUAUUGGGCUCUCACCUACUAACGACUUUUACCGUGAACUAUACGCAAUCUGUAAUAUUUAA